AACAUGGCCGCCUUCGUCUUUCCUCGUGCGUUCGUCAACGCGUCGGCUCAUAGCGCAUUCGCCGGUAGGUGUGCAACUGCAAGUUCCGCGAGAAUAGGUUUUGUCGCCAUCUCGAGUUUGCGAAGUUUCUGCUCGAAAAUGGGUUUGCCGAGAGUUUUUUUCGACAUGAGUGCGGACAAUGUGCCCCUCGGUCGCAUCGUGAUUGAGCUUCGAUCCGAUGUCGUGCCCAAGACCGCGGAGAACUUCCGCGCCCUUUGUACGGGCGAAAAGGGUUUCGGCUACAAGGGAUCCACCUUCCAUCGCGUCAUUCCCAGCUUCAUGUGUCAAGGCGGAGACUUUACCAACCAUAACGGUACCGGGGGCAAGUCGAUCUACGGUAGCAAGUUCGCCGACGAGAACUUCACGCUGAAGCAUACAGGACCCGGGAUCAUGUCCAUGGCGAACGCUGGACCGGACACCAACGGGUCCCAGUUCUUUAUCACUACCGUCAAGACGUCCUGGCUGGACAACAGGCACGUCGUGUUCGGGGCAGUCGUCGAAGGGAUGGACAUCGUGAAAAAGAUCGAAGCCCUGGGAUCCCAGUCGGGUAAAACCUCGAAGAAGAUUACCGUGGCGGACUGCGGUCAAUUAAAUUAAUCUUCCUACAUAAAGAAAAUGAUACGGUUCUCGACAUUUUGACUGUCGCGCGUUUUUUUUUUAACCAAGUAACACUCAUUAAAUUUAAUAAUUAUUACGUAACUAAAUGAUUUUCUUUCGAGUCGUGUAGGAGUCGAGACACACAUUAUAUAAGGAGACUCGAUAGGGUACACCUUUUAUCGUCGUUAUUUUUCCUUAAUUUCGCGAGGUACAUACUUUACUUGUUCAACGUAACCAACCAUUCCACCUUUAGAUGUCGGUGUAUCGUAUUCUGUGGUCGAGUAAUUUUUUUUUUAAAUAAAUUUUUAAUCGUCAAACAAUUCCUUCCCGGGCGUCCAGCCUUCUAGCGUUAGCCGGAACAACAACAACAACAACAACAAAAAUCUCUUCGCAUUUACCGUAACAGUUUAUACGUCAAAAUCUGAGUGGAAGCAUUAAAAAUGAUUUCGAAAAUC